GGGCAGAGAGGGAGUCACCUCAUUGGCGCUUGAGUCGGCAAAGAAGUCAAGAUGGCCAAAGUUCCUGACUUGUUUGAAGACCUGAAAAACUGUUACAGUGAAAAUGAAGAAUACAAUUCUGCCAUUGACCAUCUCUCUCUGAGUCAGAAAUCCUUCUAUGAUACAAGCUAUGGCUCACUUCAUGAGGAUUGCACGGAUAAAUAUGUAUCUCUGAGCACCUCUGAAACCUCAAAGAUGUCCAACUUCACCUUCGAGGAAAGCCUAAUGAUGGUGGCAGCAUCAUCAGACAAAGGGAAGAUUCUGAAGAAGAGAAGGCUGGGUUUCAAUCAGGCCUUUGCUGAAGAUGAUCUGGAGGCCAUAACCCGAAAUUUAGAAGAGACCAUCCAAUCAGAUUCAGCACCUCACCUCUUCCAGAGCAAUGUGAAAUACAGACUCAUAAGGCGUGUCAAGCAGGAGUUCGUCCUGAAUGACUCCCUCAAUCAAAACAUAUAUCUGGAUGCGGACAAGGUGCAUCUCAAAGCUGCUUCGUUAACUGACUUGCAACAUGAAGUAAAAUUUGACAUGUAUGCCUACUCAUCAGGAGACGACUCUAAAUAUCCUGUUACUCUAAAAAUCUCAAAUACUCAGCUGUUUGUGAGUGCUCAAGGUGAAGACCUGCCUGUGUUGUUGAAGGAGAUGCCUGAGAUACCAAAAGUCAUCACAGGGAGUGAGACAGACCUCAUUUUCUUCUGGAAAAUGGUCAACUCAAAGAACUACUUCACAUCAGCUGUUUAUCCAGAGCUGUUUAUUGCCACAAAAGAACAAAGCCAUGUGCACCUGGCAAGGGGACUGCCCUCGAUGACAGACUUCCAGAUCUCAUAAGAGCGGCCUUAUCUCCGGGGUCCACUUACUUGAGAAGUGCUGACAAUCUGUAUGUACCAUGUACAGGAAGGUUCUUCACCCUGAGUCACUUGCACGGCAUGUGCUGAGCCUUUGUAAUUCUAAAUGAAUGUUUACCCUCUUUGUGAGAGAAGAGCAAAGCCUAAUGGAAUCAACUCCGACAUAUAAUGUUGUUAUUUAAAGAGCACCCUAUACUUUGCACAGUACUAAUCACUUUAAUUGUUAUUCUUCAUGACAUUCUUAGGAGGAACAGAGCUGUUGUGAUCAAAAAAGACUCUACCCAUAUUACAGAUGGAUUAACUACAGCAUAAGACAGCUAAAAAGUACACUCAACAGCAGUUGGAAAGAGAGUCCACAGACCCACUAUGUCUGCUUCCAAAAUUGCUGACUGAGUAGGAUAAAAUUAUAAUUCUAUCAGUUUUAAAAGGAAGGGGACAAUAGUUACAUCUUUCCUACCUCAGCAGGUUUUAUUCCAAUGAGAUCAUUGGGAUGAAAUCCUUCUGUAACAAACCUCAAGAAGACAGAAUGCUGAAUGCUAUUUUUAAGUUAUUUUAUAUAUGUAUUUAUAAGUGUAUUUAUAAUAAUUAUAUUAUUUAUGGCACAUCCUUAAGUCCUCUGAGCUUGACCAGUGUCCUCAGCAGCAGGGCAUUCUGGGUGAAGUCAGUUAGACGUAGCUACUCCAUAACAUCAUGUUGCAGACAUGCUUUUUCCACAGCCAUGAAGCUCUCUACAUUCUCUUACUUGGGAAUCCUGUAAUUAGGCCAAGAAUUGGUAUUGUUUACUUUGUUUGUUUAAGAGGACAAUUGGGCCACUCUUUCACCCUUCUGUCCCUGAAGUUGUCUGGGCAUUCUUACAUUAUUCAACCUCACCUGUAAUUAAAUCCAACAAUCCAAAGAUGGAAAGAUCUUAACUGUGACAACCGCAUCACUGUUACUUGAAGUUUCCUAUCUAGAAUAUAAUCAGUGUUUCCUCUGGGUUCCAAAUUUAUUCUCAAACCACAGUGUCACAUGAGUAUUAACAAUAAUAAUCAGUGCAUUAUUGUUGAUCAUAAUUAAAUAAAACAAGUUUGAGCUGA